AUGGAGCUUUUAGGCCAUAACAGAUCCGCACUCAAGUUUUGCCUGCCUUUCACCUGCUGCUGUUUCUCCCCCUUUUCCAGUUCCAUUCCCCUCUGCUGCUGUGCUGCUGCCGCCGUGCUGCUGCUGCUGCUGCGCUGCUGCUGCUGCUGCUGCACUGCUGCUGCGCUGCUGCUGCUGCUGCUGCAGGACUCGCUGCGGAGCAUGCGGCGCGUGCUGCACCGGCUGGGCUUUCUGGAGGGCGAAGACGUGGUGACUUUGAAGGGGCGCGUGGCCUGCGAAGUGUCCACAGCAGAUGAACUUCUUGCUUCUGAACUUUUGUUUUCAAAUGCUCUCAAAGAUUUGACUCCUGAAGAGCUCUGCGCAGUCCUCAGCUGCCUCGUCUGCCACGAGAAGCACGACGAGCCCGAGCCCACAGAGCCCAGGCUCCUGGCAGGUAACGCCUCCCCAGCAGCAGCAGCAGCAGCAGCAGCAGCAGCAGCAGCAGCAGCAGCGGCAGCUGUGACAGUGCGGCGGUUGCUUGCUCUUGAGUCUUGGUCUUUGUUGUUUGCUGCCAUGUUUCUGGUGUCUGUUGAGAAAGUGCGUGAGGUAGCGCGUUCGAUAGCGCGUGUGUUUGUGGAGUGCGGGUACGUGUGGGGAUCCUUUGCUGCUUCGGAUCCGCAGCAGCAGCAGCAGCAGGGCGGCUUCGUGCUGCGGUCGGAGCAGCAGCAGGAGCAGCAGCAGCAGCAGCAGCAGGAGCGCGAGGCCGAGGCCGUGGAGGCCUACGUGAACAACUUCAAACACGCCCUCGUCAGCCUCACCUUCGGCUGGGCCAACGGCCGCUCCUUUGCUGCUCUCAGCAGCAGCAGCAGCCUCUACGAAGGCACUAUUAUUCGCUGCAUGCGCCGCCUCGAGGAGCUGCUGCGGCAGCUCGCCUGCGCAGCAAAGGCCAUAGGCAAUCCCGACCUCGAGGCCAAGUGCGUGGCUGCCAUUCGCCAGCUCCGUCGGGGCAUAGUUUUCUCUUCUUCCCUCUACCUCUGA